UUGGUUCUGAAAUGAAGACUUAUCUUUCUUCAACUAUUAUUCAUGCAUACCCUGUGGAUUUAUCAUCAAAAAUCCAUGUUGCUAGAAAAGAGAUGCAGAAGCUUCGUUGAUUCUGGUUUUAACAUUGUUUGUCAUAACUUGGAAUCAUGCACUUACUUAAAAGAGUGAUUGAUAGUGUUAUUUGUUCUAGUUUGAACCUUUUACAGUAAAGCUAGGAGCAUCAACAUUCAUAUAGUCUCUAACCAAAAUUUAUCAUAAUAUAAUUUUGAUAUAAUGUAAUAUUACAAUUAAAUUUUUAAUAAAGAAAAAAAUAAACUAGUAACAAGAUGACAAAUUUCAUAUGAGUCCUUCAAAUAUUUUUUGAGUCUAUAGAAAAUGACCGAUCUCAUUUCUCAUCAUUUUUUUUUCAUAUUUUGUAUAUAUUUCAUUAAUUUUAAGAGAUUCUCUUAUCGAUCAUGAAUGGAGAUGCCCUGACUGUUCUUUAUCUGGUUCUAUUCUAUAUCAGCUAUGUUUUGCUAUGUGUGGAUUCUUUCAUGGAUCAGUAAACAACAAAUAUAUCAAGAGAUAAUGAAUAAUCCCAAUUAUUUUCUUCUCUUUUUUUGUGGAUAAAGAUGUAUUUCUAUUUUGGAUAAUGACGAGUUUAUAGAAGUAAGCAAAACGUAAAUAAAUCUUUUAAGAAAUACUAUAUGAAUGAGAUAUUUAUAAACUUCUACUUUAUCAAGAUUAGGGUUUUCUUCUUCGUGCAGUUCAUCCCCUUUGUUCUCAGAGAAAACAAAAAAAAAAUGUCCUGUGAAGACAAAAUCAGUGCGUUGCAUGACGAUUUGCUGCUGAAGAUAUUGUCUCAAGUCCCAACAAAGGAUGUAGUGACCACCAUGAUUUUGUCCAAACGAUGGGGUUUGGUCUGGACGAUGGUGCCUAAACUCGAGUAUAAGGAUACAUGGAAAGAAGGGGAAAAGAGCAUUUGGCGCUUACUCGAAAAGUCUUUGCAACUCCACAAAGCACCUGUACUAGAAAGCUUGAAUAUCCAAGUUGAAUGUCAGUUUUGCGACGAUGCAGAUGUAGUAAAGUGCGUCUCAUACGCUGUUGACCACAAAGUUCGAGAGCUAGCUCUUAUCUUACCAUCUCAACCAAAGAUCCUACAGCUAGCAUCGAACGUUUACACCUCAAAAACGCUAGUGAAACUGACUCUAUCAUGUAGGACUCUAGUAGUGGAUGUUCCUUCCCUACCUUGCCUUCCUUCGCUUCAGAGGCUGGCUCUUCUCAGUGUGGUGUAUAAAGAUGAAAAGUCUCAUGUCAGACUUCUAUCGAAUUGCCCUGCCCUCACACAUUUGGAAGUGUUCCGAAACUUGAGUGACAAUGUGACAAGGUUCAUUGUGAAAGUUUCUUCUCUAAAGAGCUUUAGAUACACGCAACACAAAAGAGCUCCUUCUAGGUCCUUGGUUUUAGACUCCCCUGGAUUACGACGCCUUAAUUUAAGUGAUCCGCAUGGAGACUUAGACUCGAUCCAGAAUAUGCCUCACCUUGACUGGGCUUAUGUUUUGCACUUUGUUCCAAACCCGAAAGACAAGAAGUUUCUGAGAUCUUUUUCCUCUGUCAAGGUUCUCCGUUUGAGUCUAAGAAACGUUGAAUGUUGUAGCACCAUUAAGUUCUCUCGGCUCAUGAAGGUUACGCUGCAUCUUUAUUGCUUUGAUGACUUCAUGUGUUCGUUGGAACCACUUUUGCUUUUCCUUCAUAACUCUCCUAUACUAAAAGUUCUUGAGAUCAACUAUGAUGUGGCUCUUUGCUCUAAUGGUGUCCCACUUUCCUGGAACAGACCAAGUUCUGUACCGGUAUGCUUGUUGUCCCAUCUCGAGAUCUUUGUAUGGAAAGAGUUUGCAGGAAGAAGGCAAGAGAGAGCGUUCGUGGCGUACAUCCUUGCAAACUCAAAGCGUUUAAAGACGGCUGAAUUUUCUCCCAGAUACAAUCUCUACGAAAAAGAGAAAGAGAAGAUGAUGGAGCUGUUAAAAUCUAUGUAUAGGGCUUCGGCAUCAUCUCAACUAGAUUUCUUGAUAUGAAUUAAGGAUGAACUAUCUAUUAAGUUUGUUAUGUUUUUCUUUUAUUGUUGUUAGAUUGUAUUCUAUAAAUCCUGGAAGAACAAAUAAUGUUCUUAGCUUCACCUUUAUUGGUAUGAACAAUUUACUUAUUUGAAUGACUUUAAUUUAUGCUAAAUUGCUAGAUUCAUAUAUUUCUGUAAUGUUCUUUUAGUGCCAUUUUCCAUUGUUUAGAUGACUCCUAUCAAGCAAAUGUUGUAAGAAAUAUUGUUUGAGAUCAAGAAGAAAUUAUUUGCAUGCAUCUUUACCUAAGUGGAUUCUCUUCAAAGAUUAAUCAAAAAGUUCCAACCAAAAGGUGAUGAUGCUAAUGACACGUGAACUUUAAUCUUUGGUGCUGGCACAUCAUCUCUC